GAACGCGAGGGCCGAGUCUGCUUGACUGGUGGAGCGCUUGAAGGUGACAGAUCCUUCUUCGACAUCCUGAAACCGACUACCUGGCAUUCCCGUUCACUCUCAGCACAUCAUCGAAGCUACAUAAUGUCAGUAUUCACCGAGGUUCCACAAGCCGUACCGGUGGCAGUUUUUAAACUGACUGCAGAUUUCAAAGAAGAUAAAGACCCAAACAAGGUGAACCUUGGAGUGGGAGCAUACAGGACAGAUGACAGCCAGCCGUGGGUGUUGCCUGUGGUAAAGAAGGUGGAGAGGAUUAUCGUGGAGGACCAGACCCUGAACCACGAGUAUCUGCCAAUCCUGGGCCUCCCAGAAUUCCGCUCCAGCGCCUCCAAGAUCGCCCUCGGAGACGACAGCCCGGCCAUCCAGCAGAACAGGGUGGGAGGUGUGCAGUGUCUGGGUGGGACUGGAGCUCUGAAGAUUGGGGCUGAGUUUCUGCGCCGCUGGUACAACGGCAUCAAUAACACAUCUACACCGGUCUAUGUCUCCGCUCCGACCUGGGAAAAUCACAAUUCUGUUUUUGCCGAUGCCGGGUUCAAGGACAUCCGCCCAUACAAGUACUGGGAUGCAGAGAAUCGCGGGCUGGAUCUGUCCGGUUUCCUGGGAGACCUAGAGAGUGCUCCUGAACAUUCCAUCUUCCUACUCCACGCCUGUGCACACAACCCGACAGGCACCGACCCCACUCAGAGCGAGUGGAUGCAGAUCGCAGAUGUCAUGAAGCGGAGGAAGCUCUUUGCCUUCUUCGACUCGGCCUACCAGGGCUUUGCGUCUGGGAGCCUGGAGAAGGAUGCUUGGGCCGUGCGCUACUUUGUGUCCCAGGCCUUCGAGCUCUUCUGCGCCCAGUCCUUCUCCAAGAACUUCGGCCUGUACAAUGAGAGGGUGGGGAACCUGACCAUUGUCGCCAAGGACAAUGACAACCUGACCCGGAUCUUGUCCCAGAUGGAGAAGAUUGUACGGACCACUUGGUCCAACCCACCGUCCCAGGGGGCUCGCCUAGUUGCCGUCACCCUCAAUACCCCCGAGCUCUUUGAAGAGUGGAAGGACAAUGUGAAGACGAUGGCGGACAGAGUGCUGCUAAUGAGAGCUCAGCUGAAGGCCAAACUCCAAGCAUUGGGUACCCCUGGCACCUGGGACCAUAUCACCCAACAGAUUGGCAUGUUCAGCUUCACCGGCCUCAACCGUAAACAAGUGGAAUAUCUUGUGAAGGAGAAGCAUGUCUACCUGAUGGCUAGCGGUCGUAUUAACAUGUGCGGCGUGACAACCAAGAACAUCGACUACGUUGCGGAGUCCAUCCACGAGGCGGUGACAGAGGCCCAGUAAGGGCCAGCCCACUGAGCCCCUCAUCUCCAUCUGAGCAGCAGCUUAGUAUGGCACAUACUGUAGUGGUGGGGCUGCUAGGCCUGCCACCUCACCCCUCUGGCACAACUGGCACAUUCCACUCUGCCAAUUUAGAUGUGUAAUGGUUCAAAACAAAAUUAGUAUAUCAUCUUCUUCCUGUGGAGUAUUUAUCUUUGUGUGGCUAAUAUAAUGGCCAGUAGAUUGUUGUCAUAAUGCAAGCCCUUAAGUCGUGGCAUUUCUUUCACUGGGUGAGUCUUCCACAGAAACACAUUCUUUCACUUUUAGAGUUCGGGUAUUGCUGGACCGGUUGAGCUGAAAACAAACAGGACCCGAUUUUUAAUGUGUAAUCAUUUCUGAGAAUGGUCAUCAUUUUACCCUUGAAUAUCCCCCCCCCCCCCCCCUUUCCUUAAUUGAUUAUCUGUCUGACAUGACAUAAAAACUAUAUAUACAGACUGAAGCCCGUUACUGCAGAUACAUCGUGCAUAAUUGAAGGCUACCAAAGCUGACAGGAAAACUUUAUACUAUUUGUCAAUACCAGUUGGAAAACUGAGGCAUUUAAACAAUGCCUCAGUUCUCCAAUUUAAAUCCCAGAGUGUGAAAUCCAUGGAAUUUCAGAAGGGUUCAGAUUUUCAGUAUGCACCAUAUACAAUACGUGUUAUGCCUCCUAUGACUUUAACCUUAUAAUCAUGAAGAUUAUAUUAUCUAUUUUAGAGUUUUAGAAACUAGAAGGCUGUGUAAAUUAAUACAAUAUGCACUUUACCCCAGUGGGCAUUCUAUUGAAAUUACUUACCCGUAAUUACUUGAAACCAUUGUUUUAUCCACAGACUUGAAGUAAUCUCAGGAUGUGUUUUCUGAAGUUGGAGUUGGAUCAUUUAAAGCCAUUUUCCACUAUCUUAAUGUGAUAAUCCCUGGCUCUUUUGCGCACAAACGUUUCCUGUAUUUCCUUGUCUUAAUGCAUGAACACUGAAAACCUGACAUUCUUCAUAUGACCACUGACCAUUCAUUUUGAACUGUCAUCUCUCUGUAUCAUUAUGCACCUUGUUGUGUUUGUGCACACUUCAUAAGUUUGAGAUUUGUUCAUGUAUUAAAUGUCUUUGCAUAAUACAACCUCAUUCCAUUUUGAAUUUGAAGUAAUGUGGAUUAAAAGUGCAAAAAUACGUUAUAAA